AUGUCCGAGUCGCGACGAGAGGACGACUCGGCCCAGCAGCCUUCGACGCCGCUGCGCAGGGAACGAGCACCGACCAUUACUAUCGACACGUCGGCGGUAAACGCCCCCGACGAUACCAUCCAGCCCGUUCAGGUCCUUUCCGGUCAGCCGUCGCUGCAGAUCAACACGAGGAACCUCGAGACGACCGAGACCGGUGGACAACACAGCAAUGGAAGCAAUCUCUCCCCGACAGAAGUCCGGUCGCCCGCCUCGUUCGGUUCCAAUUCCUCAUUCGAAGCUCGAGACCGUGAAGACCGCCCUACCUCGCCCCAUAACAUCUCGUCUCCCAAGACCAAGACUCCCGAGGCACACUCCAACUUCCUCUCUGUGCCCGGCACUCGUUCACGCGUUAAUUCGUUGGAGUCCGAGGAUACCAGCCAGACGUCGAGUUCCUACGGCGGAGAUACCUUCGUGCCCACUGCAUCUCACGAAUCCCAUUCCGACCUAUCCAAUAAUCACAACCUCGAUGACGAGGAUCCUCUCAGCCCCGACCCCGGUCGGGAGGCUGAGUUCGAAGUGGAAAACAGCAAAUUCGCUUUCUCCCCAGGACAGCUGAACAAGCUUCUCAACCCGAAGAGUUUUGCGGCAUUCCGUGCCCUGGGUGGACUACGAGGUCUAGAAAAGGGACUACGUACCGACGCGCAAAGUGGUCUGAGCGUAGACGAAACUACACUGGAUGGAACAGUCAGCUUCCAGGAGGUGGUUGGCUCAGAUUCUUUACCCAAGACAGGCUCCCCAACGUCCCCGCCGCCCGAGCGGCCAACGCGCAGCGAAACUUCAACGGCUGCCGGAGAAGACUUUGUUGAUCGAAGACGCGUAUACGGGACUAACAAGCUGCCCGAGCGGAAACUCAAGACGAUCUGGGAGCUGGCUUGGAUUGCAUAUAACGACAAGGUGCUCAUCCUGCUUACGAUUGCCGCCGUCGUCUCACUCGCCGUCGGUAUCCCACAGUCUUUACAUCCCGCAAAUCCAAAUGAACCUGGUGUGGAAUGGGUGGAGGGUCUUGCGAUUCUCGUUGCCAUUAUCAUCGUCGUUGUUGUUGGUGCGGCGAAUGAUUGGCAAAAGGAAAGACAGUUUGCAAAGCUUAAUAAGAAGAAGGAGAACAGACUUGUCAAGGUCGUGCGAUCUGGCAAGACAGUGGAAAUUUCGAUUCAUGAUUUAGUUGUCGGCGAUGUGAUGCAUUUGGAGCCUGGUGACAUGAUCCCUGUUGACGGAAUCUUGAUCGAGGGUCACGAUGUCAAGUGCGACGAAUCCUCGGCGACUGGCGAAUCGGACAUCCUUCGAAAAACCCCAGGCGAUGACGUAUACCGGACGAUCGAGCAACAGGAAGACCUAAAGAAGAUGGACCCCUUCAUCCUAUCCGGUGCCAAGGUGUCUGAGGGUAUCGGAACGUUCUUGGUCACUGCCACCGGUGUGCACUCUACCCACGGUCGGACCAUGAUGUCUCUCCAAGAGGAGGGCGAAACCACCCCUCUGCAAACUAAGCUGAACAAGCUGGCCGAGUAUAUCGCCAAGCUUGGCCUUGCUUCGGGAUUACUAUUGUUUGUGGUGCUCUUCAUCAAGUUCCUAGUUCGGCUCAAGAACAUCGAGGGUGGUGCCGACGCCAAGGGACAGGCUUUCUUGCAGAUCUUCAUCGUCGCUGUUACUAUCGUCGUCGUCGCGGUUCCCGAAGGGUUACCACUAGCGGUUACACUCGCCCUCGCGUUUGCAACCACGAGGAUGAUCAAAGACAAUAACUUGGUUCGUUUCCUGAAGGCCUGUGAAACCAUGGGUAAUGCUACAACCAUCUGCUCCGAUAAAACGGGAACUCUCACGGAGAACAAAAUGAGUGCCGUCGCCGCUACGCUUGGAACCGCUUCUCGCUUUGGUGACAAAUCGCCUGGUGCGAACUCAGGAGACGUCUCCGUUUCAGAAUUCGUGUCUACUCUCUCCCCAUCUGUCAAGGAUAUCCUGCUCAAGUCUAUUGUUCUGAACUCAACUGCAUUCGAGGGUGAGCAGGAAGGAGUGAAAACUUUCAUUGGAUCCAAGACAGAGACAGCUCUCCUAUCUUUCGCACGCGAACACCUCGGCAUGGGACCUCUUGGUGAGGAGAGGGCAAGCGCGAAGCUUGCACAGUUGUACCCCUUCGACUCGGACCGCAAAUGUAUGGCUGUUGUUGUGCAAAUGGAGAAUGGCAAAUAUCGGAUGCUGGUCAAGGGUGCCGCGGAAAUUCUGAUGGCCAAGUCGACACGCAUCGUUAAUGAUCCCACCGACGCCCUCUCGGAGGUAACAAUGACCGAUGACAACCGAUCUACGCUGGAUGACACCAUCACCACCUAUGCGUCGCGCUCGCUGCGUUGCAUUGCCCUCGUGUACCGUGACUUUGAUCAGUGGCCGCCUCGCGGUGCACCAACCUCCGAGACCGACCGCGACAUGGCUGUCUUUGAGCCAAUUUUCAAGGACAUGGCGCUUCUAGGUAUUUUUGGUAUUCAGGAUCCUGUUCGGCAAGGUGUUGCAGAUGCAGUUUAUACGUGCCAGCGCGCUGGCGUUUUUGUCCGUAUGGUUACGGGUGAUAAUAUCAUGACAGCCAAGUCUAUCGCUAAGGAGUGUGGCAUUUACACCCCCGGCGGUAUUGCCAUCGAAGGCCCCAAAUUCCGCAAGUUGAGCACGCGUCAAAUGAACCAGAUUAUCCCAAGGCUCCAGGUCAUCGCCCGGUCGAGUCCCGAGGACAAGAAGAUCCUUGUCAACCAGCUCAAGAAGCUCGGCGAGACCGUCGCUGUUACUGGUGAUGGAACCAACGAUGCCCAGGCUCUCAAGAACGCUGAUGUCGGCUUUGCGAUGGGUGUGACCGGUACUGAAGUGGCCAAGGAGGCAUCGGACAUUAUCUUGAUGGACGAUAAUUUCGCAUCCAUUGUAAAAGCCAUGGCAUGGGGUCGGACUGUCAGUGAUGCGGUGAAAAAGUUCCUCCAGUUCCAAAUCACCGUCAACAUCACUGCUGUCGUCCUUACAUUUGUCUCCGCGGUUGCUAGCAGCUCCGAGAAUUCAGUGCUUAGUGCAGUCCAGCUGCUGUGGGUGAACCUGAUCAUGGAUACCUUCGCCGCUCUUGCACUCGCAACCGAUCCUCCAUCGCCCUACGUUCUUGAUCGCAGGCCCGAAUCCAAGGCUGCGCCGCUCAUUACGCUCACAAUGUGGAAGAUGAUCAUCGGACAGGCGAUCUAUCAGCUCGUCGUCACGUUUGUUCUCAACUUUGCCGGUCAAUCCAUCUUCCAGUCUUGGAGCGAGGAACACAUGAAAACGGUAGUUUUCAACACCUUCGUUUUCAUGCAGAUCUUCAACCAGUACAAUUCUCGCCGUAUCGACAACAAGCUCAACAUUAUGGAGGGAAUUUGGCGCAACAAAUGGUUCAUCGGUAUCCAAAUCAUCAUCAUUGGAGGUCAAAUUUUGAUCAUCUUUGUUGGUGGCCAAGCCUUCUCUGUGAAGCGUCUUGACGAGGGCUCUCAGUGGGCUGUUAGUCUCGUUUUGGGUGCUCUUUCUGUCCCGAUCGCCGUGAUUAUCCGCCUCACCCCCGACGAAUUUAUCAGGAACCUCGUUCCUCACUUCUGGCAUCGCCACAAGAAAGAUUCCCCCGAGCUUGUUGUCUCUGACGAGGAGCGCCGCUUUGAGUGGCACCCCGCUCUGGAGGACAUCCGCGACCAACUGCAAUUCAUCAAGGCCGUCCGAGGUGGACGAUUGAGAAACAUUCGCCACAAACUGCAGCGCCCACAGGAAUUCCUGCCCCGGUCUCGCAGCGGCUCCCGCUCGCGUGAGUCCUCCGUUCCGCCUACACCAAACGAGGAGAAUGGCAAUGGUAGCAGCAGCCCCACGCCCCAGCCGCUAACCCCCGAGUCUCGCUCUCGCCGCAACACACGAUCCCGUUCCAACUCAACGUUCGGACCUGCCGCCGCAAUGGCUGGUAUCGUGGCUGGCAGUAUUGCCGGAUGGUCUCCCAUUGAACGGGGCCAUGACGCGGCCGACUCUAUGAGCUUCCCCGCAAACGGCGGGCCCUUCGGCGGUUUGGACCGGCAGCAGGGCAUUGAAAUCCACCCUGAUACUGCGGCCGAUGACCGUGUGGUCAACGAGUACUCCCAUGAUUCCAAGAAUCCCCCAAGUCAGAACCCAGACCUGACUCCUUUCUUUGAACACGCGCCUCCGACAACCUCGGAGCGGGCGCCGUCCAGCCGUGGCCGUCGGUCGAUGUCUCAACGAUCCCGGUCGAGCCACUCCCAGGUCUAA